AUGGAUCCUCCUCCCAGACGUCUCAGACUCGUUCCCAAGGUCACCUUCAUUCUUUCAUCCAUCGCCAUACACUAUCAGGUCGUCAAAUUCGUUUACAACAACCAUACACCACAUGAUCUCCUGAACCCGUCCCUACUCUUCGUUCUACCAUGUACAAUAUUCAUCAUCAGUCAUGGUCUUGGGGUUCUGAGACACCACGCUCCUCAUCCAAAUUGUCUUGUGGCUGAGGUUAGCACAAUGGGUCACUGCGACAGUUCCAUGGCUGAUAAUAUCGGCAUUCAGGCUGUCCCCCAUCGUUAUACUGUUGUUUCUCGCCGUCCAGCUGUGGAGGAGGACAAGCAGACAGACCCAGCAGUUCCCUGCGCGCGAGCAUCGGCUCGUGGCGCAACGGGUGGCGUUGUAUGCAAAGCCAGAUUUUCAUACGGACUUCCCGUGGUGGUCGACGGAGAGAACCAGACAACAGUCGAUUUGGGUGUGGAUUUCGCAUGA